AUGCAUCAACGUCGAAACACCUGCUGGUGGGGCUGUGCCGCGGAGGUGCAGGAUACGCAAUCCACCGGCCGACCGUCUCCGGCGGACCGUGCCAUGGAUAGCAUGAGCGUCUGGGCGACGUUAUGCAAUUGGCUCUGGCUGGUGUUAGGUCAUGGUGCGGAGAAGCACAGCUCUCUGGCCUUCUGCCACUGCUGCAGGGGCCCAAGGGCCGUGUCGAAGAUAAGUGCAAGGGAGAGACUUGGCAAGACCUGCCAAGCAGGGAGGAACGCCCUCCUGGACUCCUGUUCUUUUAAAAUUGCAUUUGCUGGAAUUCUCAAGGAAGAGGAUGUGGCUGCAGCCCUGAAGGAUUGCUCUGCUCCUGAGACCUUCAACUACAAGGCCUUCUUCGCCAAGGUCGGCCUGUCCUCCAAGUCUGCCGAUGACGUCAAGAAGGCCUUCUUUGUCAUUGACCAGGAGAGCGGCUUCAUUGAGGAAGAUGAGCUGAAGCUGUUCCUGCAGAACUUCUCCGCUGGUGCCAGGGCUCUGACUGAUGCUGAGACCAAGGCCUUCCUCGCAGCUGGCGACACCGACGGCGACAGCAAAAUCGGAGUUGAUGAGUUUGCUUCCCUUGUGAAGGCUUAA